AGGUUAACUCCCUGUUGUCCGCGUUCGAUCCUGAUAUAUUAAAUAAUUCACUAAUUUACUUCAAGUACACGAAGUAGAGGUUCCCCUGAUUUUCCCCGCAGCCAGGUGUGUUCGGAAAGCUUAACGUUCCAGGAUUGGGAGGAAUAAGGAGAAAAGCGCGCACCGAGAUACCUGUGAAACUACGGUUGUAAAUGAGGAUCUGAUUGCCACGGACAACAUCGAACACGUCUGAGACAUUGCCUGGCUAAAAUAGCAACUCAUAUCGAGGCUUAAAGCAAGUCGUUUCUGUACGAAGGAUCAUCAUGAAGAAAUCCGGAUAUUCAGGUGAUGAGGAUUGGCUAACAGAUCGUCUGCUCUGGUCCUAAAUGUCUGCCGUCAGAAUGUGUGCCAGAGAGGUGCCAUACAUGGGUGGUGGAUGAGGAAAGUUACUCUCGAAGAGCCUUGGAGACGAGGUAUUGCCAGGUCCACCAGUGGGAGACUGAGGAGGACAGACAGAGAAGGUUCUUCUGCCAUCACCAGUCCCACACUAAAGAGGUCGUUUGAGGUGGAGGAGUCUGACGUCUCCAUCAACCCCUCCCCUCUGUCCCGUAGGACCAACCUCCGCUCCUCCACCUCCAGCCAGCGAAGCUUCCACGACCUGGGCUCCUCCCGCAACUCGGACUACCCCUCCAGAACCUCGCCUUCUGACUCCAACCCCUGCUCCCCCAAAACCAGCCUGAGACGCAUGGAGCUGUCCGGGGGAGUGGUAGGAGGUCGUGCCCUGGAAACAGCCUCCACCCGCCGGACCGAGAUCUCCAUUGAGGUGUCAUCCAAGCAGAUUGACAGCUCGCCCAGCCCGGGUAUCGCCCGUUUCGGCCUGAAGAGGCCCGAGGCUCAGAGCCUUGGUUCUCGAGCCGGAGCCGUCCCAGAGAGCUCCACCAUCUCCAGCUCCAGCUCGGCACACAGACGGGCAGAGAUCUCCCUCUCUCGGCCCCACGAGCCCCCCGGGGCACCCAGGAGGGGGGACUCCCAGCCUCCCUCAGCCACCCGGAUCCCUGACCCCCCUCAGAGGAGGACCGACCCCACCAUGGUCAGCCCUGUGGAGGGCCCUACUUCCAGGAGACCCGAGAGGCCUGUCUUCCGACAGCCAGAGAUGGCAGCACCACCUCCGGUCAGGGUGGUGGAGAACAACAGCCACCCCCCAGCGCCCAGUGGCCCCCUGCCCAGCCUGGUGGAGCCCAGGAGCGAGAGGACACAGCCCCUGGUCAGCGAGACGCCCGUCGUUAGACCUAUAGAGAGGUCAGAGGUCACUACCAGCUACAACAGUAGAGCCAUGUCUGAGGUGGCCGUGCCCGAGAUGAUGAUGCCACCCCCGGCGGUGCCCGCAGCAUGCCAGGUGGAGAAGCCUGUGCCAGGUCCUGGCAUGGGGGACUUCAGCUAUGUGGGCAUCGAUGCCAUCCUAGAACAGAUGCGGAGGAAGGCCAUGAAACAGGGCUUCGAGCUCAACAUCAUGGUAGUGGGGCAGAGCGGCCUAGGGAAGUCCACUCUGAUGAACACACUGUUCAAGUCCAAGGUGAGCCGUAAGUCGGUGCAGGCCACGUCCCAGGAGAAGAUCCCCAAGACCAUCCAUAUCAAGUCUGUCAGCCACGACAUUGAGGAGAAGGGGGUGAGGAUGAAACUAACUGUUAUCGACACGCCCGGCUUCGGGGAUCAGAUCAACAAUGAGAACUGUUGGCAGCCCAUCAUGAAGUUCAUUAAUGCCCAGUAUGAGCAGUACCUUCAGGAGGAGAUCAACAUCAACAGGAAGAAGAGGAUUCCAGACUCACGGGUUCACUGCUGUAUUUACUUCAUACCCCCUACUGGACACUGUCUGCGACCUCUGGAUGUGGAGUUUAUGAGGCGUCUCAGUAAGGUGGUCAAUAUUGUUCCUGUCAUCGCCAAGGCAGACACACUCACCCUGGAGGAGAGGGACUUCUUUAAACAGAAGAUCAGGGAAGAGCUACGGGCCAAUGGGAUCGACGUGUACCCCCAGAAGGAGUUUGACGAGGACGCGGAGGACCGGAUGAUUAAUGACAAGAUCAGGGAGAUGAUCCCGUUUGCUGUGGUGGGCAGCGACCAGGAGUACCAGGUCAACGGCAGGAGGCUUCUGGGAAGAAAGACAAAGUGGGGAACCAUAGAAGUUGAGAACAUUGCUCAUUGUGAGUUUGCCUAUUUGCGGGAUCUACUGAUUAGGACCCACAUGGAGAACAUCAAGGACAUCACCAGCAGCAUCCACUAUGAGGUGUACCGCGUCCGCCGCCUCAACGAAAACAACACUGCCGUCGCCCAUGCCAACGGCCUCCCCCAACACCACAUGACCUCCCAUGAGAUGUAGAGCCCUGCCCACCGUGUCCCAUGAGCCCUCACUUCCAUCCCGUUAUCCUUCCAUCCCUCUCUCCCCUCCACUCACUCUCAAUGCCAAACCCUUCUACAGAAGGGAGUAAACACACACUGGGGGGACUGAGGAGCGUAGUCUUAGCGCCCCCAAGUGGCCAAAUACAGACGCAUAGAAUGGACUGUUGAUGCCAAUGCAUUGCCCCUCAAUGAUAACCUGGUCUCUCUGACUAACGUCUACAUGAAGGGGGGGGGGGGGGGGGGGGGGGAUGCUAGCUAGCUAUCACUUGCAUUCAUUCAGGUUUAACCAGGCUAAGUAAACACUAUUAAUGUACUGCAACCUUAAUCUGUGUGUUUUCAGUUAUUCUGUCGUUCUUUAGGUCCCUCGUCUGUCAGGUUGGUUAACAAAAUAUCACUGUGAUAUCAGGCCCAUUACAUACAAGCAGUGACAGAAGUGCCCUCAAACUUUUGUUCGGGUAAAAUAUUGAUUUCUCAUCCAUUUUUAUAUAGCCCCUGUAAUACAUUCUUCGUUCAUUGUUAAUUUGACCUGCUAUCUGAAGGUUCUACAACGUUCAUUUCUGUUCCCUUUGAGAGGGAGUAGUUUAGCCUUGAGGGACUGUAUUCUGAGUAGGAGUGCUGAUUUGGGAUCAGUUUAGCCUUUUAGAUAAAAGAUGACAUGGACAGAGAGACCUGAGCCUAGAUCAGCACUCCUACUCUGAGACGCUUUCUACACUCGGCCCCAGAACUGUGGUACAGGAUCCAUGGCGACAGCAGCAGAGGCACAGGACAGAUACUCAGCUAAGUAUUUAGAAGUAUGACACAUAUAAAUCAAAUCUAUUCAUUCUAUGGCAGUUGAUUAAUUUGUCAGAGUUCUGUUUGAUGAUGUCCGAGAGGGGUCAGUUGAAGAUGGUGAAUGGGGAGUGUUUAAUUGUGAUGGAAGUUGAUAAUGCUGUUGGAAUGGUCAGGGUUACAUAAUGUCGGGGGUGGACUGGAGGUUUUGAGUCUAGUGGACAUCGUCGACACGUCUGUAGGGCCAGAAGUUUUUCCCCAUAACUUGAACUGACCAGAAAAAACCUUGAUCCCUUGUAAAAGCCUGUAACUAGGACGUUCUCAGAGUCGUCGUUAUAGACUGUAACUACGGUCUUCUCUGAGUCGUAGUUAUAAACUAACUAGGGUCUUCUCUGAGUCGUAGUUAUAAACUAACUAGGGUCUUCUCUGAGUCGUAGUUAUAAACUAACUAGGGUCUUCUCUGAGUCGUCGUUAUAGACUGUAACUAGGGUCUUCUCUGAGUCGUAGUUAUAAACUAACUAGGGUCUUCUCUGAGUCGUCAUUAUAGACUAACUAGGGUCUUCUCUGAGUCGUCGUUAUAGACUGUAACUAGGGUCUUCUCUGAGUCGUAGUUAUAAACUAUAACUAGGGUCUUCUCUGAGUCGUAUUUAUAGGCUGUAAAUAGGGUCUUCUCUGAGUUGUAUUUAUAGGCUGUAACUAGGGUCUUCUCUGAUUCGUAUUUAUAGGCUGUAACUAGGACCAUGAGUUUUUCCUGGUAAAGUCACAUGGUCAGGAAACUCCUGAUCCUACACGUGUAUGAUGCAGAGUGAGGGGAACACUCUCCUGUUGUUUCUGUUAUCAUUGAGGAGCCAGUGCUUUAAGCCUUGGGCUGAUGACAUUACAGCGAUACAUAUCCGUCAUCCUAUUGUGGUAAUUGUUAUUUUUACAUGGCUGCGUCGUCGUACAGGUCGUACAGGUAUUACUGUCAGAAAAUAGAUUUCAAAAUGCCCUCAGUGCCUUUUUAAUUCCAAAUAAGAGAUGUCAUUUUGGGGUGUUUUUUUAUAUACAGAUGUUUAAAGAGUGAUUUAAAAUAAAUAUAUUUAUGCACAUUAGAAUGAUAAAAAGUGUACCACCUACCCACUCAUCCACACAUGGUAGUUGUCCUGAGCCGAGAACACAGUUUCUACUGCCCAAGUCAAGUGUUAAGGAAAAACUCCUGGUCCUAGCUAUGUGCCAUGUCUCUGUGCCUUGGACAACACUAUUGCCUUCUUAUUUAUUGGAGACUGUCCUCUAGCACAUGCUUUUAAACUGGAAGGACAACAGUCACAAUUAAGGCCCUGAGUUUUUCCAGACCAUGUGACCUGACCAGGAUAAUUCUCCAUAGCCUAUAACCAGGGACCUGAGUUUUUCCUGGUCAGGCCAAAUGCUCUGGACAACUCUUGGUCCUAUUACUGAUGUGCUAGCUGGUGCCAAUCACCACAGCAGAAGACAUUUCAUUGUCAUCAAGUCUCUUUAUAUCAGACUAUGCACCCUGAAACUAAAGUCCUCCUUAUACUCUUAGUUCUCUCUCUUUCUCCCACUUUCUUUUCUCUUGUUCUCUUCUUCCGUUUCUUGGAUAUCAACCAGUAACAGUAAUAUGUGGUGUUUAAAGGUUUUAUGUGUUUCAGUUUCAAACUAUAAUCCUCAACUUCCAAACAUCAUCGUCGUCAUGCUCUGUCCUGUAUAUUCAUUGUCAGAUACAUUUUUGUACUGGUAUUAAUAAUAACAGAAUUUACCUUUUGAUAUCGUGUUAUUUUCAAGAAAUAAAGAUGAAAGUUGUAUAUAGUCA